GCAUUUUUGUUGCCUUCCUGUGACAUAGCUGUAACAAGAAAAGUAGUCCAAGUGUACAGAAAGUGGAUCCUCCAGGACAAACCUCUGUUCAUGGAGGAACCAGAUCAAAAGGAAGUUACCCAAGAAGAUGCUGAAAAAUUAGGAUUUUCUGAGACUGACAGCAAGGAGACUGCACCUGAAAGUUCCGGUCAUAAGCGGUCUUCCAGUUGGGGACGAACAUAUUCCUUCACGAGUGCGGUGAGCAGAGGGUGUGUGGCAGAAGAGGAGAACAAGAGCGUGAAAGCCGGGGCCCAGGCUGUGCUGCAGGUGUUUUUGACAAAUGCUGCAAAUGUCUUUUUGCUGGAACCAUGUGCUGAAGUCCCCAUACUCUGA